GAGCCCCGCAGACUGGGUGCUCGGGAGCUGUCAGUGUCAGGCUCGGGAGAGAGAGGAAGUGAUCGCUCCCGGAGGAGCGCGAGCCGAGCGGCCGGCGCAGCGUGAGACAGCACAUCCUGCCCGCGCCGGGCCCGCCGCCCUCCCGUCCGCCCGCGCCGCCCGCGCCGCCGCAGCCCGGGAGCUGCCUCCGCGCUCCAGAGCCCAGUGCCGCCGCUGCAAAGCGCGUCCAGGAAACCAACAUGUCUGACAAAAGUGACUUAAAAGCUGAGCUUGAGCGCAAAAAGCAGCGCUUAGCACAGAUAAGAGAAGAGAAGAAGCGGAAGGAAGAGGAGAGGAAAAAGAAAGAGGCAGAUAUGCAGCAGAAGAAAGAACCUGUUCAAGAUGACUCUGAUCUGGAUCGCAAACGACGGGAGACAGAGGCUUUGCUCCAAAGCAUUGGUAUAUCACCGGAGCCCCCUCUAGUGCAGCCGCUGCAUUUUUUAACAUGGGAUACCUGUUAUUUUCAUUAUUUAGUCCCAACCCCUAUGUCUCCCUCCUCGAAAUCAGUGAGCACCCCCAGUGAAGCUGGAAGCCAAGACUCAGGCGACCUGGGGCCAUUAACAAGGACCCUGCAGUGGGAUACAGACCCCUCAGUGCUCCAGCUGCAGUCAGACUCAGAACUUGGAAGAAGACUGCAUAAGCUGGGUGUUUCGAAGGUCACCCAGGUGGAUUUCCUGCCCAGGGAAGUAGUGUCCUACUCCAAGGAGACGCAGACCCCUCUUGCUACACAUCAGUCUGAAGAGGAUGAGGAAGAUGAGGAAAUGGUGGAACCCAAAGUUGGCCAUGAUUCAGAGUUGGAAAAUCAAGACAAAAAACAGGAAGUGAAGGAAGCCCCUCCAAGGGAGCUGACAGAGGAAGAAAAGCAGCAGAUCCUUCAUUCAGAGGAAUUCCUCAUCUUUUUUGAUCGAACAAUACGGGUCAUUGAAAGAGCGCUGGCUGAAGACUCUGACAUCUUUUUUGACUACAGUGGCCGAGAGUUAGAAGAAAAAGAUGGGGAUGUUCAGGCUGGAGCCAAUCUCUCUUUCAAUCGUCAGUUCUAUGAUGAGCAUUGGUCCAAGCAUCGAGUAGUCACUUGUAUGGACUGGUCUCUCCAGUACCCUGAGCUGAUGGUCGCUUCUUACAACAAUAAUGAAGAUGCUCCCCAUGAACCAGAUGGAGUGGCCUUGGUUUGGAACAUGAAGUUUAAGAAAACCACACCAGAAUAUGUCUUCCACUGUCAGUCCUCUGUCAUGUCAGUCUGCUUUGCCCGUUUCCAUCCAAAUCUGGUGGUUGGUGGAACUUACUCAGGCCAGAUUGUUCUCUGGGACAAUCGCAGUCAUAGAAGGACACCUGUGCAGCGGACACCUUUGUCAGCCGCAGCACACACGCAUCCCGUGUACUGUGUAAAUGUCGUUGGCACCCAGAAUGCUCAUAACCUCAUCACUGUCUCCACUGACGGUAAGAUGUGUUCCUGGAGCCUGGACAUGCUCUCAACUCCACAGGAGAGCAUGGAGCUGGUGUACAACAAGUCCAAGCCCGUGGCUGUUACCGGAAUGGCUUUCCCGACCGGAGAUGUCAAUAACUUCGUGGUUGGCAGCGAGGAGGGUACAGUCUACACGGCUUGUCGUCAUGGAAGUAAAGCAGGCAUCGGUGAGGUCUUCGAAGGACACCAAGGACCAGUGACAGGAAUUAACUGCCACAUGGCAGUGGGCCCAAUAGACUUUUCUCACCUGUUUGUCACUUCAUCGUUUGACUGGACUGUCAAACUGUGGACCACAAAGCACAACAAGCCGCUCUACUCCUUUGAAGACAAUGCAGACUAUGUGUACGAUGUCAUGUGGUCCCCCGUGCAUCCCGCGCUCUUUGCCUGCGUGGACGGGAUGGGGCGCUUGGACCUCUGGAACCUCAACAAUGACACCGAGGUUCCAACAGCAAGUGUGGCCAUUGAGGGGGCAUCCGCCCUAAACCGAGUCCGUUGGGCUCAAGGUGGCAAAGAAGUUGCUGUUGGGGACUCAGAAGGACGAAUUUGGAUCUACGACGUGGGAGAGCUGGCAGUUCCCCACAAUGAUGAAUGGACCAGAUUUGCCAGGACCCUGGUGGAGAUUCGUGCUAACAGAGCUGAUAGCGAGGAGGAAGGCACUGUUGAGUUAUCUGCCUAGUGGGAUGGAGCCGCCCCCAGCGCACCCACUUCCCCUGCUAGAGCUCAGCAUCUGCAGUGAAGCCCGUUGUAUUAUAUCCGUGUCCAUUCAGUAUCAGUAUUGCCGUGAUAUUUUGGGUGCCAUAUUGUGCCAGUUUUGCUCCAAGUAUUCCAAAUGUAUCAGACCAUGCUCUCCAUUGACCUGAACUUCACCAGAGCAUUUCUACCUUUAUAUUUCUGUCUCAAAAAUGAAGGGGGUGGGGGACCUUUACGGGUUUAGUUGUUGCCUUUUAACUACUUAGUAGCUGUAUUUAAUAGCUGGAAACCUCUGGUUAAAUUUGUGCUUACAUGCACUUCUGGCAUAGUCCUAUUAAAUCCAUAUGAAGCCAGAUAUGAUUGGGUGCAGAUGUGGUGUGCCUCAUGAUAUGGUACAGGGCCAAAGACUUGAGAUGUGGUGUUUUACAUGGUGACUCACAUUAUGAAUGGAUUUACUAGAAGAACAUUGCUGCUCCUUAUUUAUUGUAGUGUGCUGCAUGGAACAUAUUUAUUUGAAAGCAUUAAAAUAAACGAUCCUAGAGCAUGUGCAUAAUGAGAGGACUGUAUUCUCUCUGCUGCUGUUGAGGUUACAUUAAGUUCCAAAUAACAAUUACAGUAUGCCAGUUCCACUGAAAACACAAAGUCUUUAGAGGUUUGUUGUAGUGAAUGGAAUGGAUUUUAAUGCCUAUUAUUUCUAGGUACUUUAACAAUAUUUCAAAUAUAGUUGACCAUUGAUACUUGUCAUUCAAGCUAAUACAGUCCAACAAAAAUCUGUGGUUCCUAAAUAUGACACCAGUAUUACCAAUAAAAUGUUCCAAACCAGGUCUGCAUCGGUGUGGGUAAAUCCUUUGCUUGGGGAAAGGCUGACUUGAAUUCUCUGGUGACGACGGGUGGGAAAGAUACAUUAGGGCCAUGUUAAAGAUUGAUCAUGAGUUUAUAGGCAGCCGACCUGGCUGGUCUUAAACCUAGACUCCUAGUUUUACUUUUAUGAGGGAAUGUGUGUGGUUUGGGGGGAGGUGCUCCCUUGCCUCCGUCACCAAAGUCACCCUUGUCCAAAGACAAUUUCAAACAGUGGAAUAAGAAGAUGAGUUAAGAUUAAUACCAAAUGUUCCACACAUUUCUCUUUUUAAAAAAUUUCACACUAGAAAAUGAUGUUUCUUACUAUUAAACUAGGAAAUACGUCUAUAAAUGACUUUUUGUUUCAAAAGGUCACUUCAUGCCUAGAGAGAAUGAAAAUAAAUAGUGGUUAAACCUUUGAAGACAGGGUUUCAGCUUUUUAGGAGGAAAGUUUUCAUUGGUGUUUUGUUUGUAGGGAUUCCUUGAACUAAAAUCUCUCAUUUUUAAGAUUAUGAUACACUGUUCACAAAAUGCCCUGCAGCAUCUACAUAUUUAAAUUCUUCAUAAUGAAAAAUGAAAUUUUGUGAAUUUUAAAAAUGAGUGUCUAAAAUAGGUUUAAAAGCAAUCUAAUGAAAAGUGUAUAAAAUUUCUCAAACAUACAUUAAAAAUACCUAAAAAUAAAUCAAAGCUCAUGAGUUGUCACUGUGGACAGAACUCUGAGUGAUUCAAUGAGUGAAGCCUGUGAAAAGCAUGGAGACCACAGUCACUUUUAGGAUUCACAUGAAAUGUGACAAACCCUUAUGUGCUUAUAUAUCCCACUGUGAUAGCUAGUCUCCAGAAUGUGCCCUC